UUGAUAAUAGUUGUAAUCUGUUGUAUCACUUCUAUCUGUAUGUAUCUGAAAACCUUUUAGAUUUUGAUGGCUCUAGUUAAUUUCUCCUAUCGGGAAUUUUGAAUUGAAAUUAAAGCUCAAGUAUAAAAUACUGUAUAUACAUUAUUUAUAAUAUGAAUUCACUGUUAAAAAAUAUAUUUCUGAGUAAAAGCAAAGCUACCACCUUAGCGUCAGGUUACAAUGCUUCACACCUAACACGAUGGUUCAGUGACAAAACAAUACUAUCAGAAAAUAAUGUUGCAACCGAAAGUGCUUUAGCAUCAAUAUCUGCUCAAAAUGUGAGAGAACCAGACAAAUUGUACAAGGUUAUUGAAUUUGAAUGCCGAAGUAAUGACCCAGCAGUGUUGCGUAGUUACACACAAUUUGCUACUAUGGCAGCCAACGAAUUGGGCAUUCAAGUUGGAAAAUGUUGGUCACCUCGUAAAGCUCACCAUGAAAGGUAUACAUUGUUGAGAUCGAUUCAUGUCCAUAAAAGAUGUCGUGUACAAUAUGAAGUCAGAACGUGGUUUAGAUUUAUUCAUUUUCAUCGACUUACUGGUUCUACAGCAGAUACCUUUUUAGAAUAUACCCAAAGGAAUUUACCAGAAGGAGUAGCACUCAAAGUAACUAAAGUAUCACUCGAAGAUCUUCCUGAAAGUAUAUCAACAAAUACAUCUGAUAAGUAGCUAAGUCUGAUAAGUUUUUUCAUGUAUGUUGGUCAUUAUGCCGUUAUACAAUUAUGUUUUUAUUAAGUGUUUUUAAUGAGUACUAAAUAAAUAUUAGUUUAAAAUCAAA